AUGUCCGAGCCAGCUCGAUCAUAUCUUGACUAUUUUGUAGGGUACUUGCUAUCUCUAACAGGUAACUCUGCCGCCAAUGCAAGCAGAUGGAACGAAAUCAUCAAGCAUUCUUUGAACCCUGGUCUACCAUGUAACAGUGCUACUGCAAGUCUGCAAGUGACAAGUGAAGUUCUGGGUUUGGAAGUUCUUGCUGCUCAGUCCUCUCCGCCGGCGCUACUCAUCACUCCGACAACACCAGGAAUUGAAGUUGCAAUGAACUUGUUGAAAUUUUACAACAAAGUACCAAAAAUAAGUUCGGAAUCUCAAAAUCAAUCUAACAGAGAAGAAAAUGCCAAUCAAUCAAAUUUUCCCUCGCAUUCUUCUCUAAGACAAGAAAUUGAUACAAUUGCUCCACAGUCCGAUCCAGCUGAAAGAACUCCAAUAUUGGAGUAUCAUCCAAACCAUCGCGAUGAAAUAAGGAGGGCAUACAUUCAAGGUGGUCCUUGCCAACCUCGAUAUCAUGACUUCCCUCAAUCUGAUUUUUCUGGAUUUAAGGGUCGUUUUAAUCCUAUAUGGUUUGAUGAUUUUAAUUGGUUGGAGUAUAGUGUAAGUACUGAUGCUGCAUAUUGUUUACCUUGUUAUUUAUUUAAGGGCAAAAGUAUUCAUCAAGGUGGUGGUGAUGUUUUUUCGAGUAAAGGGUUUAGGAAUUGGAACAGAAAAGAAUGUUUUAAGAAACAUGUUGGUUUGCCAAAUAGUAUUCACAAUAAAGCAAAUAGAAAUUGUGAUGAUCUAAUGCGGCAACAACAGUCUAUUAUUGUUGCAUUUGACAAACAGUCUGAUCAAAUUAAGCAUGAAUAUUGGCUUCGCUUAAACGUUUCAGUUGAUGUGGUAAGGAUUCUCUUGAAUCCAGGAUUUGCAUUUCGCGGUCAUGACGAAAGUGAAACGUCAUUGAACAAGGUUAAUUUUAUUGAAAUUCUUUCAUGGUAUGCGGAUAAAUAUGAUAAGAUUAAACCCUUUGUGUUGAAACGUGCUCCAAAAAAUAAUAAGAUGACUUCUUCAGAUAUUCAAAAAGAAAUUGUGACCGCAUGUAAGAUAGAAACUAUUAAGGCUAUAAUAGAGGAUCUAAAUGGUGACUACUUUCCUUUAUUAGUUGAUGAGUCUAUAGACGUGUCACGCAAAGAGCAAAUGGCUAUUGUUUUACGGUAUGUCGAUAAAAAAGGAAGUGUGAUGGAGAGGUUUAUUGGCAUUGUUCAUGUUCGAGAUACUAUUGCUUUUUCUCUAAAUAAAGUAAUUGUCGAUGUACUUGUUCAUCAUUCUUUAAGUUUAUCUUCUAUACGUGGACAAUGUUAUGAUGGGGCAAGCAAUAUGCAAGGUGAUAUUAAAGGUCUUAAGAAGUUAAUUAAACAAGAAAGUAGAUCGGCUCAUUCUAUUCACUGUUUUGCACAUCAACUUCAACUAACUCUUGUUGCGGUUUCUAAGAAGUGUGUUCAUGUAGGUGAACUUGUAUUACUGGUUUCAAAUAUUUUGAAUGUGUUGGAACUUUUAAACUUGUGGAUGAAUUUCGAGAUUUUCAAAACGAAAAACUCCAAGAGGCAUUAG